CGCACGUAGGCGCGCCCUUUCUCGCUGAGCGGUUCCGGCGGCCGCGCGCACUCCAUUUCCCGUGGGGCAGCGCGGCGGGCCCUGCGGCGGAGACAUUUGCGAGCCCAGUGUCUCCAAGAUGGCGGCGUGGGGAAGGAGGCGCGCUGGCCCCGGCAGCACCAACAGCGGCGGCGGUGGCCGGGAGAGGGUCACCUUGUCCUCCACAGACUGUUACAUCGUGCACGAGAUCUACAACGGAGAGAAUGCUCAGGACCAGUUUGAGUACGAGCUGGAGCAGGCCCUGGAAGCGCAGUACAAAUACAUCGUGAUAGAGCCCACCCGCAUCGGGGACGAGACGGCCCGCUGGAUCACCGUGGGGAACUGCCUGCACAAGACGGCCGUGCUGGCGGGCACCACCUGCCUCUUCACCCCUUUGGCACUUCCAGUAGAUUAUUCUCACUACAUCUCGCUGCCCGCUGGUGUGCUGAGCAUGGCUUGCUGCACCCUGUAUGGCAUCUCGUGGCAGUUCGAUCCUUGUUGCAAGUACCAAGUAGAGUAUGACGCCUAUAAACUUUCCCGCCUGCCCUUGCAUACGCUCACCUCCUCCACUCCGGUGGUGCUGGUGAGGAAGGACGACCUGCACAGAAAGAGACUGCACAACACGAUAGCACUGGCUGCCCUGGUGUACUGUGUAAAGAAGAUCUAUGAACUCUACGCUGUAUGACUGCGGCGGGGAAGAGAGAAGCCUACAGAGACAAGUGUAUUAAGACUCCCACAGUAACAUUUUGUUUUUCCUCUUUGAGAAGCAGUGGAGACUGGCAAGGAGUUGGUUUAAUAGAGCUGUUAUUUUUAAAAUAACACAUCACUGGUGCACCGAGGUUUUUCAGUUCUUCGUUACACUUAAGAUUUGGAUGUGUGGUGACUUGAGAGCUGUAUGUUAGCCAUGGGGAGUCCAGUCCAGCAGUGGAGUGUCAAUGAAAGAAAGAUAAAGAGGGAGGGGAGGGUGAGAGCUUUUUUUUUUUUUUCUUUUUUUGAAACAUUUAAGUAUAUUGUUUAAUUGUAUUACACAGAACCAGCCAGACGUU